CAGAUGACCGGAGCCAGGUCAUGUGACUGGAGAGUCCGUCGGCUGUCAGGAAGCUGCACUCAGGGUCCGGAGCGGGACGUGAUGUCCGCCGAGCAGCUGCCGCCAUAGAAGAAGAAGGAAGGAGGGCAACACUAUGGACUGCCGCCCCUCCAUAGCCCUGCUGGGGAUCUACCUGCUGAGCGUGGGCAGCGGUGCCCCCCUCGCCCAGGUAGCCCCAGUAAUCACGAUGGAGCAGUUGCUGUGGGUCAGCGGACGAAUGAUUGGGGAGGUGGACACGUACCGCAUCCCCCUGAUCACCUACACCCCCCGGGGGCAUCUCCUGGCAUUUUCGGAAGCCCGGAAACAUUCCGCCUCUGACUUGGGGGCAAAGUUCAUCGCCACGCGGCGCUCACAGGAUGGCGGUUACACCUGGGGUCCAACCUCCUUCAUUGUGGACGAUGGGACGGCCUCGGACGGCCUCAAUCUCGGCGCUGUGGUGGUGGAUGACGAGACCAAGAACAUAUUCUUGGUCUACACGUUGUGCGCCCACUACCUCCAGUGCGGGGUCUCCAGUGUCAUGGUGACCAACAGCUCGGACGAUGGCAUCACCUGGAGCACUCCAAGGAACAUCUCCCGAGAGAUUGGCACCAAAAUGUUUUCUCCCGGUCCAGGAUAUGGCAUCCAGAAAAAGUUUUCCCCCAUGAAGGGGCGUCUCAUUGUCUGCGGUCAUGGGACGCUGGACGAGGACGGGAUCUUCUGUCUUUUAAGCGACGACCAUGGGAACAGCUGGAAAAAGGGGGGAAAUUUGGAGGGGCUGCCAUUCAAGCAACAGAAGAGACAAGGAGACUUCAGCCCGGAUGAGUGUCAGCCCUAUGAGCUCCCAGAUGGCACCGUGGUGAUAAACGCCCGCAACCAGUACUACUAUCACUGCCACUGCCGCAUUGUGGCCUUCUCCAUGGACGGCUGUGACACUCUUCCUCUGGAAAAUGUCCGCUUCGACGAGGGCUUGCCGGACCCAGCGGUGGCAGCCGGCGCGUUAUACAAAGGCGGCAUCACCUACUUUGUCAACCCAGCCAGUCAGGCGCACAGAGUCAAUCUCACUCUACGUUGGAGUUUCAACUCUGGGGACUCUUGGGAGCAGGACUCCAUCCAAAUCUGGCCGGGACCCAGCGGCUACUCAAGCCUCACCACCCUGUCCCGUCACCUGGAGGACAACGAGAACAUCUUUAUCAUCUACGAGAAAGGAAGACGAGACAUCACAGAGUCCAUCGCCGUGGUGAAGGUCAACCUGUACGGCAACAUCUGAGAUGAAUGGACUCUUUGGGUCAUCAGAGUCCUCUUUGUACACUCAUUAAAGGGAUUGUCCACUUUAAUAAUCACUUUUUUAGAUGGCCUGUUAUCAAACAUGGAGGUCUAGCUUUCGAGACCUCCGUUAAUUAGACACAGCUCCUACAAAGAUGCCUCUUGGAGGACCACCAUUGCAUUGGAGGUGCUGAGUGAUAUAUUCAAGUAGUUCCCCUGAUGGAGUGGAGAUCCCCUUGAAGUGGACAGUCCCUUUAAGCUCUUAAAGGAAUUUCCCACCAAAGACUUUUAUGGCAUAUAAAGUAAACUGUUGGGGAUCUGGUCGUCAGGAUCCCCUGCUGAUCAGGAGAACAAGACUGCCAGGUCCCUGUUCCUGGUGCCCAGUUGGCAAAGUCUUUGGUGAGAAGACCCCUUGAAUUGGUUCACUGGUUAAGGCCUCUUUCACACGACCGUAUGGCUUUUUCAGUGUUUUGCGAGCAGUUUUUUCCUGAUCCGUUUUUUGUUUUGGUUCCGUUUUUCCGUAUGACAUAUACAGUAAUUACAUAGAAAAAAUUGGGCUGGGCAUAACAUUGUCAAUAGAUCGUUCUGCAAAUACAGAACGGAUACGGAAGACAUACGGAUGCAUUUCCGUAUAUGUUCCGUUUUUUUUUUUUGUUAGUU